CCGUUGCUGAGUAAACUACAUGGACAUUAGCGGGCGCAGCGGCACAACCACCGAGCCAGAGUGGAUUAAAAACAGCGUGCGUGUGUAGAGAGCCACUCGACAAAACGACUCUGUAACCGAGUGAGAAACCCCGGCGUGUAACAGCAAGUCCGUUACACCAGUUUACAUCUGCAAAAGAGCCAAAAGAAGAGGCUCUUGGUGAAGUCAGUAGUGCCGUGCAUUGUGUCAGGCAGGCAGGGGCUGCUCGGCGGGAAUGGCUUCAUCUCCGUGCAGCAACAGUAACUUUGAUUCCGGUCUGGAAAUCAAAACUCGCUCGGUGGAGCAGACUCUUAUUCCACUAGUAUCGCAGAUCACCACUCUGAUCAACCAUAAAGACAAGCCAAAGAAGUCUGAGCGCACCUUGGCAGCCAUACACAGGGUGGGUCAGGCAGUGAGCGUGGCAGUGGGACGUUUUGUUGCUGUCGGGGAGGCCAUCGCUACAGAGAACCAAGAGCUGAAGGAUGAGAUGGGUCAAGCCUGCUUCGAAGCACGCAGAGCAGGUGAUGCCAUAGCUCAGCUGACAGAUGUGGCAUCAGCCCUUCCAUCCCAGUCAGACGGACGUGUCACGGUUUUCAGUGAUAGGACGGGCAUGGUGAAGGCUGCCCGCUUGCUUCUUUCCUCAGUCACGAAAGUCCUGGUCCUGGCUGACCGUAUCGUCAUCAAACAGAUAAUCACAUCUCGCAACAAGGUCCUGGUAACCCUCGACCAUCUGGAAAGAGUGAGCACCUUCCAGGAAUUUGUACAGAUUUUCAGUCAGUUUGGCAAUGAGAUGGUGGAGUUUGCCCACCUCACCGGAGACAGACAGAACGAUUUGAAGGAUGAGAAGAAGAAAGCCCGGAUGGCAGCAGCCAGAGCAGUGCUGGAGAAAUGCACCAUGAUGCUCCUCACAGCCUCAAAGACUUGCCUGAGGCAUCCAGAUUGCGAGUCGGCACGGAUCAACAAAGACGCCGUGUUCCACCGAAUGCGCUGUGCCCUGGAGCAGGUCAUUGAGAUAGUCACUGAGGCACGGAGCUGUGGGGAGAACAAAGUCCUUCCUGCCAGCAUCUACAACGGAAUCAAGGACUUCAAGUUGAGUGUGGAGUGCCUGCGGGAGAACCUGCACUCCUCUUCACCCCAGAGCGUGGGCAGUCAGCUGGAGGCACUGGUGGAGCGGACAGAGGAUUUCACUGAUUCAGCCUACACCAGCCACGAGCAGCGUCAGGCCAUCCUAGGUCUGUGCCAGCUGGCGCACAGGGACUCUCAGCAGCUGGUGUACGCCUGGAUUGAGGCGCAGUCUGCCCAUGCCAAAGAGGCCACAGAGGACAUGGAAGUGGCCAUCCUGAAGACAUGUCAGAGCGUCAGCGACCUCAGACGUGAGCUCCAUAAGGUGGCAGUCAGUCGUGCCUCAGACUUGCUGAAAGUUCACGGAGAGCAGUUGUCUCUGCGAGCCCUCAAAGCUGCAGGCGCCGAGGGUAACUUGGAGGCAGUGGCGGAGUAUUCGCGCACUCUGACUGAGCAGAAGGAGCAGCUGAUGGAGACUUGUCGGCUGCUGUACCAUGUGUCGGGGACAGAGCCGCUGGAGAUUACCUGCGUACAUGCCGAGGAGACCUUCCAUGUUAUUGGUCCACAGAUCAUCUCAGCAGCCCAGACGCUGGCCCUCCACCCGUCCAGUAAGAUAGCAAAGGAGAACCUGGAGGUGUUCUGUGAGGCCUGGGAGUCUCAGCUCUGUGACAUGGCUCUGCUGCUCAGAGAGAUCAAUGACGUCUUUGAAGGCAGGCGAGGAGAUAAAAGACCUUAUUUGUCACUUCCAAGACCCGGGAAACACUCGGCUAAUUUGAAGACUGCCAAGGCUGUCAAGUUGGAUGCAGAGGAGCAGACAAGCCUGGCCAAACUGGGUCUGGAGCUUCGUCUGCUGUCAUCAGACAUGGAUACGGAGGUGGAAAAGUGGGAGGAGCAAGAACACGACAUUGUCCGUCAGAGCCAGAGCCUGGCCAGCAUGGCCUACAACAUGUACCUGUUCACCAGAGGGGAGGGGCUGCUGAAAACAACACUAGAUCUUUUCCACCAAGCUGAGGUUCUUUCCGAAGAGGGGCUCCAGCUGUGCUCAUCUCUCCGCAGUUUUUCCACUCAGCUGGUUGAUGAGGAAAAGUCAGCGGUGAUGACAGAGAUGGAGAAACUGGUGGCAUUAUGCCAACAGCUGCAAAUGGGGGCCAAGACUCCUGUUCAGGGCAAGACUGCCACCUUCCAGAAGGUGGAUUCAUCCAUUCAGAAAACCAGAGGCAUUUUGACUGUUGUCCUCUCCCUCCUCCCUGUCUGUAACAAGCUCAACAGAAAGUACAAGUCAGAGAGGAGCAGCCUGGGUUCCCCACAGGACUGGAAAGAAAGGCAGGAUGCAUCCACACCUGUCAAAGAGGAGGGAGCUCUCAAUGGCAAGAAUACCAACGGCUUCGGUGUCAAGUCCUUGGAGCAGCACAUUACUGGUCUCAACCUCCUAGAGAGCAAAUAAUCCAGGAAACAUUCACCUCCACUGUUCUCCCUCAGAGAAUCACAUAGCCAACCUCACUUUGCUGGAGAACAUGUAAUCCAGGAAAUACUUUACUCCCCUCAUCCUCAUGCACCAACUUUAUAACGGGCCAGAGCCAUGGCAUGAAGAUGGUUGCCUUGUCAGAGUUUGCAUUUGCUGUCUCAGUGAAUAAUUAUAAGGUUUACUGCAGAAAAAGCAGAUCCAAUCCCUGCUCUGGGGCAGUUUAACCCGUAGCUUGUUACCCAAAGCACCAGUUCCACCCCAGUCCACAAGAUGGAGACAAUUACCCAACACUAAGACUUGGUCAUUUGAAGUGAGCCUCCUCAAAGAGGGGCCUGGCACAAACCUGAUUUUGGAAUUACUUUUAUCAUUUGUAUUCUAUUGGGCAGAUAAACUGAUCAGAAAUCAGGUAAAAACUCCUCUUGAUGCUCAACUCAGCCAUAUAUCUGUCUUCACUACGUGCCUCUGUGUAACAAACAUAUUUGCUUUGUGGUGUACCGUAACUGUGUUGCACAUCUUAGCCAACUGAAAAAGAAAAAAACAAAAAACAAAACAGUGACAUGGCUGAAAACCCAGCAUGCAUGAUGCCAUCAUCACCAUACCCUGUGUUUGAGUCUCCUGUGGUCAAUGUGCCAUGGGCUUGUAAAGUACACUUGUUAUGUAAUGUUAGCCAUAGUGGUACAUUGUGUCCUUAAUUACUUGCAUUGUAGUCUCCUAUGGAUAAGCAUUUUAAAAGUCAAUCAUGACAUGUGAUCAGUGUCUAAUUUCCAUACCGUUUGCUAUGGAGUGUUCACCAUGUGCUGUUAGUAACAAUGCAAAAAUCAGUUUCAUGCCAAAUGAUUGUCCUGGUGAAGACGCUUUCCUCUUCAGCUUGCUUCUAAUCUAAAAUAUAAAACUCAUCACUGGAGAUUUAUUUCUGUUUUGACCUUGUCUCUCCAAAUAAUCAGCUGAUCAAGAUAAAAACUUACCACUAAGAUAAGUUUGGAAAGACAGGACUUUUUACUUUUCUGAGCAUUAUCGAAUCAUAUUCAGUAUACUGUAACACUUUUUUCUUACAAAAGAAAUGGAAGCGUCAAAUGGAGCCUUGAAGUGUACUUGUUAUGAAGACUAUCCUUGUGAAGCUGCCUAGUAGGCCAAUAUGUAUUAAAUGGUAUAUGGUAUGUAUAAUAUGGUACUUGAAGCAUACAUUUAUAUAUAUAUAUACAUAAAU